CAACUGUCACCCUCCCGGGAGGCAUGCCGAACAUCGUCAAGGUCCACGAUGGCUAUGAUAGCGGGUUGCGAGGCCUCGGGCGGCGACACGGAUAUUCGCGGUACCUGUAGAGAUGUUAGCACUGACUGUUACCUUUUGUAGAGUGCCCCCAGUGUCGCCGCCCUCGAGUCCAUCUGGUCUUGCUUCUUACGCUCGCCGUCACCGUCAAGCACCUUCAUUGUCGAUAUCAUGCCCAGUAUCGUGCCUCCCAGUGGCGUUUGGUGCCCUGCCAUCACCUUCUUCAAUCCCGACACAGACGAGCUUGCACUUGAUGCGCAGGCGCGGUACUUCCACUAUCUAUCGACAACCGGCCUCGCUGGGCUCGUUAUCCUGGGUACGAAUGCAGAGACGUUUCUCCUGACACGUGAGGAGCGCAAGGAGCUUGUCGUGACGGCAAGGCGUGCGGUCGGCCCGCGCUUUCCCCUCAUGGCGGGCGUAAGUGGACAUUCCACGCGCCAGGUUCUGCAGCACAUCGCAGAUGCAGCUGAUGCUGGCGCCAACUCCGUGCUUCUCCUCCCGCCCGCUUACUACGGAGCUGCAACGACACCGCAGGUUAUGGAAGCCUUCUAUGAUGACGUUGCCCGGAAGAGCCAAUUGCCUAUUGUCAUCUACAACUUCCCGGGGGUGUGCAAUGGCGUUGACCUCCAGUCCGACCUCAUCGCCGCCUUGGCCCAGCGCCACUCCAACAUCGUCGGUGUCAAGCUGACUUGCGGCUCUGUCGCCAAGAUCACCCGCCUGGCGGCUGUCCUACCGAAGGAAAGCUUCGCAGUCUUCGGCGGCCAGUCUGAUUUCAUUCUAGGCGGCUUGACCUCUGGGUCCAGUGGCUGCAUUGCAGCGUUCGCCAAUGUGUUCCCUAGAACAAUCUCGCAGAUCUACAAGCUGCAGCAGCAGGGCCGGAACGAUGAGGCCCUGGCCUUGCACCAGAAGGCCGCAUUAGCGGAGCAGCCUAUCAAGGCCGGCAUUGCUGCGACCAAGUACGCGGCGGCGAUGCACAGUGCCAGAUACGCGGGAAUCGACAACGCUGUGGCCCUGCUGAGACCGCGCAAACCUUACUUUGAGCCUGCUGCAUCUGUCAAGGAGAAAGUUAAAUCUACAAUGGCUGAAGUGGCCGAGAUCGAAGAGAGCCUAGGCUCCUACACGAAGCUCUCCGCUCGAUUGUAGCGACCAUGUCUUUCGCGUAAUUUCCUUUUUCUACUUUUUUCGAACUCCUCCUCCCUGAGAUACUUGCGAUUUGUACAAGAUUUAGAUAUUGAGCUAU